AUGGACACGUCUCGGACACCCCUCAGUCCUGGAGGCGGCAAGCGUCGCCGAGAGUCGUUCUCUGGCGAGCAGCUCCCGGUCGUACCUUCGUCGCACCCGCCUCCUCAGCAGCAAACGUCUCUUCCUUCCAUCCGCCAACUUCACCCCUACCUUCCCCCGUCGUCCUCGUCGACUAUAGGGAUGGCCCAGGCGGGCUCGAGCGACUCUACGGCAUACGGAUAUCCGAGCACCUCGCACUAUGCACUCCACCCCGGCCAGAUGGACACGAGUACUGCACAUGCAUACGGCGCGUCACAGCGCGACCCGGGGAUAUUUGGCGCUGGUGAAUCCGAAGCAGAUGAGCUGGAUCAGCAUAGUCCUCCCAAGAAGAAGCGGCGAAGGCAGGCAUUGAGUUGCACAGAGUGCAAACGACGGAAGAUUAAGUGCGAUAGGACCCAGCCGUGCACCCCUUGUACGCGCCGAGGAGAAGAGGCAGGAUGCCAAUGGCACAUCGUCGAACCGGUGGAGAAAUAUGCAACGAAAGCCGAGUUCGACGAGCUGAAGGCUCGGUUCGAGCAGCUCGCAGCGCUCGUUCAGCGAUUGCUACCUGCGGCGACAGCAGUUCCAUCCCCAUAUUACCCGAUGGGCAUGCAGACCAGUAUAUCAGGGGUUAUGAGCGAGGCUGUGUCGACAUACAACCCAGGGACGUCAGGUACGAUGUCUUACACGACGAUGAUGCAUCCUCCGCCUCCUCCCCAGCAGGCGUAUGGGCCACACCAGACGCAGCAUCAUAUGGAUGCCUCACAGGCACCAUCUGUACCUCCCAAUCGGUACAUGAAGCCUGAAGGAGUACAGUCGCCUACCACGCGUCAUUUACAGCCAUCCUCACUGCCGACCAGCACGUCGCCCAUCAUCCCGACAUCCGUUCAAAGCCCCUCCCUGUCACGCCAUCGCGGUGUGCUUGAAGGCUCCUCUCCCACUGUUGCAGCUGCGGUAGCGAAGAGCUCGCCUCUGUCGCUCGCGUCGAUUACCUCUCCCUACCACCCCGAGCACACCCAGAUGCAGCCAAAAAACUACCACGCGCAGACGCUCAUGCUGGGCGAGCGUCUGCGCCCCGGAUCAGAAGACCCAACGAAUACUUCCGCCAAGAUGCGGGGAUGCUCGGAAGUGGUGGCGCAAGCGGAGGCAGCAGCGGGGCUGGUGGAGGCCCAGGUGACUCUUCGGAGAUGUAUCUCGACAGCGCCGCGCCGACGGGUGUUCCGCCGUCGUCCUUCCACAUCCAGCCAAGGCCGGCGCGGCGGGUCAGUGAUCCGCCAUCACGCUCGUCUGUUGUGA